AUGAAUAGCAAAAGCUAUAACUAGAAGUUAGAUUACUCUGAAGAAUAUGAUUAUGUCCGAGGCCAAAGCAUCAAAAGAUAAGAACCCAAUAAUUAAAGUAUUAAAAAUAUUACAAAAUGCUUAAAAAGUAAAAAAGCUAAAGAUCUGCAUUCUAAAUCUGUCAAUGAGCAUGUCAAAGAUUCCCAGGAUAAGUAAUUUUUACCAACCAUUUAAGACCAAAAGUUUAAUAUCUAAUAGCAGUAAAUACUUAGAAAGAACACAGAUGAGCUUAAUUAGACAAUGAUAAAAACAAAAAGAAACUCAAUGAAUGAAUCACAAAACUAUACUCACCAGUAAUUUUAACCAUAUAACAUAAAUGAUUUGCUUCAAAAUUUACAAUAGCAAUAGCAAUAAAUACCUUAAAAUACUCAGACAAAGCCUUAAUUUAACAGCACCAUAAAUGAUUGGAAGAAUAUUACGUAAGAAGAAAUGAUGUUUUAGUAAGAUAAAAUCUAAAGUGGCUUAAUGAUCUAAAGUGUUAAUAAAGUUUAUCAAAAAUCUUAAAAUACUUCACCUAAGAAAUAUACCAUGUAUAAUUUCAGUAAUCCGCAAGGUCCUGCUAUGUAAAACAUAAGGAAUAAAUAUGGCUUAGACAAUACAAUUAGUAAUAUGGCUUCAGGUAAAUUCUACGAUAGUCCAAUCUUUAAUACUUCUAAAGCAGACUUUGGGUUUAACAGUCAAAAUAGAUAUCCUGGUUUUGGGAGUAAUGACGUACUACUCUCUGAUUAAAUGAGUUUCAAGAAAUCUACAGCCUAAAAUCGUAGAAGAAUGGUUAUACAAAGCUGGUACUAAAAAUUGAUUUAGAGAAUAUAAGCUGAAAGUAAUCAGAAUCCUAUUAAUAAAGCUGGCAAAUACCUAAACUGCUUUGACUCGAAUUAAAAGAAGUUUCAACAGUAAUUGAUGAAUCUGGAUUAAUCUAACAGGAAGCAAAGUGCUAACAGGGGAUAAUCUAGAUCUGCUUAGGGAGUGUAUGAGGAUCAUUAUGAAAAUUCAAAAGCUAAUAGAAUGUAGAUUAUAGAGAAGCAUCACAAUGCUUAGGAUGUUAUGAAAAUGCUUAAAGAGUUUAGACCUCAGAGUAUAAAUCAUUAAAGUCAUAUCUACUACUAAGACGAUGAUCAGUAUAAUAGAACUUUUCAUGAUUCUCCAAGAAAGCUAGAUAUAAUAAGAGAAUCUUACAUGCAGUAUAAAUUAGAUGAAUAUGAAGAUGAAAGCAAUGCUGGUGGGAACCAUCACAAAAGAAACUUUUCAGAUACUGUGAAGCUUGCAAAUCGGAUAGCAAAUGGAUCAACAAUGAGUAGUACAAAUUACUAAAACUUCAAUUAUUUCAAAAAGCAAAAUGCCAAAUCAUUUUACGAUGGAAGUCCAAAAAGAAUUAGUAGACAGGGUGGUAACCCAUUUGCCGCUGGAAAUGAUAAGAAUACCAUUGUAAGCAAAGCAUUGAAUAAAAAAGGAGCUAGAUUAACUGGAUGGGGUGAUGAAAAUGAUGACUUUGUCUGA